CGGGUUUUCAUUAUUCUAUGAAUUUACUGCGUGUGCUGCCUGUUACAGCUUUUUACAGUUUUUGUUGUGUUUGAGCGUCAUGGCAGAAAAAUUAUGAGAGAAGACCCUUUUAUAACCAUUCUGAUCGAAAAACUGAACAACCUCAAAAGAGACCAAGAAGUUAGAGAAAACUUGGAAGAUUCUCUUCGUGAAUUCAAGAACUUCCAGUCUAAAGUAUUAAAUAAAACAAGAGUUUACUUUUCCAAGAAAAAGCAAUCACAAAAAAGUAGUGAAAUCAAAGGCAUCUUGAAGAAGCCAAAAUCCAAAAAUAGCGUGCCUGAUGAAAUAGCACAUUCCAGCACAACUCAUUCAGUACCAAAGUCAAAUGACAGUAUAAGAUUUAAGACGCCACAAAAGGUUGUGAAAGACAAGAAAGAGGAUUUCACAGUUGUAGGCUACUGCAUUGGCGGCAAUCCUGUUCCAUACAGCACAAAAGUGCGAGGAAAGAAAAUCACUUUAGGUCGUUUCAAGACACUCUUUAACAGAAAGGGAGACUUCAGGUUCUUCUUCAAGCGGUACUGCAAUGAAUUCGGGACUAACGUAGUGUUUGAGGAAAUAAAUGAUGAUGAAGAAGUUUUACCACUUUGGGAUGGAAAAAUAUUUGCUCUGGUAGAAGAAAUAGAGGAACAUAGAUUGUAGUCCAUUAGAAUGUUGUUUUUUCUAGAGAUUGAUGGAUAGGAAUAAAUAAUUAAUGAACAUAUUUUGGUGUGACCAUAACUGCAGUGAAUUCACAAAUAGUUGAAGUUUGCACUAAGAAACUGAAAUCAAAAUAUUAAAAUAUAAUCAUUUUGAUGAGAAAAUGUCAUUAAGGAGUAGCAAACCAUUACAGAUAGAAUAAUUCCUUUGCAAUGUUUCUAUAAAAAGUAUUUUAUUUACACUCAUGUAUUCAAUUAAACCUAAUUUCUCAACAGCCAAAAUUGUAUCAAAACGGAAGCUGAAGGUUCUAAAUUUAAGUGACAAAGUGAAUUUAAUUCUUGAAUUAGAGAAAAGUCCUCACAUAAAGAAAAAAAUUUUAGCAAAGAAAUAUGGAAUUCCACCAAAUACUUUAUCAACAAUUUUAAAAAAUAAAACUAUAAUUCUGGAAAGAUAUGCGUCAAACGUCAAUCCUAAGUGCAAAAGACUAAAAGCAUGUGGCUUUCCGCAAAUUGAAUCCGCUCUCAUCUCAUGGUGUCAGUCUUACCGUAUGGAAUGUGGCAAUAUUCCUAUUAGUGGAAUAAUGCUACGGGAAAAAGCGAUGGACUUUGCUAAAGAAAUGGGUGCUGAAGAAUUCAAGGCUAGUUCUGGCUGGUUAGAAAAAUUCAAAGCACGUUAUAAAAUUGUUUUAAAAUCCCUGAAUGGAGAUGCAGUAGAAGAUUCUCAAAUUAGCAAAGAAGAAACCUUAGUCCAAAUUCUAAAAGACUAUGAAGCAGAUAAUAUUUUCAGUAUUGAUGAAAGUGUUCUGUUCUACAAAUGCUCCCAAAAUAAAAUGGAGUCAGAAGAUGAAUCCGUCUUGGAGUACAAACUAAAUCAGAAUAAACUUACUAUAGUAGUAGGCGCUAAUGCGUCUGGUACAGAAAAACUUCCUCUUGUAGUUAUUGGAAAAGCCAAAAUUCAGUAUUCUUCUGAAGAUGUGGAAUCUAUUCCUGUAGAAUAUUACAUGAACAAAAUGGUUUGGAUGACCUGCGAUUUAUUUGAACGCUAUAUUCGAAAGCUAGAUCACAGGUUUCACUCAAAAGAGCGGAAGAUUUUAUUGCUUGUAGGAAACUGCAGAGCACAUUUUGAGGUUCCAGAUUUAAAAGCUAUUAAGCUUGAAUCCCUGCCAAAAAUUCCAUCUGUAAUGCUACAACCUCCUGACAAAAGUAUAGUUAAACGUCUUAAACAUUUAUACCAUGAGCAUUUGGAAAGAAUGUCCAUUGGAAGUAAUAAAAAUAGUUUCAGUGACAAUAUUGACGUUUUACAGGCCAUAAGAAUCCUUUCUAGAAAAUGGGACAAUGAUAUUUCUCAAAAUAUAAUAAUCAAUUCUUUUGAUAUCCAGGGACUUUCUGCUAAACAAAUUUCUAAUAAUGACAAUAUAUUUAAUGAUGAUUCAUCUGGCAAUGAACACGAAAGUCUAAAUAUAUCUAAUUUAAACUGCGGUGGUGAAUCUAUAGUUGUCACCAGAGAUAUUUCUGAUGUAAAUAAUUUUGGUACUGUGAAAAUUAGAAACAAUGAAUCUGCAAAAGACAUUAGUGUACUAGUCGAAUCACCAACUGAUACUGAUGUGACCAUAGCCAUUGCUACCAUAGAAUGUUAUUUAAAAAGUCGAAGCAGUAUAAAUGAAGAGUUACUUCAUCAUUUGCAAAAAAUUAGUGAUUUUGUUUCAACACAAAAAAGGAAACUAUGA